GUCGGUGGCGGGUGAAAUAACCCGAAUUGGACCGUCGCUCUCGCUUUCCGAUUCUUCUUCGUCUCGCAAAUUGCAAACAAAAAUCCCAAAAUUAAAGUAUUUGGAGCUUCAUCGAUCACAGUAGUCGAUCCAAACACCUCUCGAAAAUGCGAAGCUCAAGCUUCCUCGGCCUGCUUCGGAGGCGGCUGGUGUCGUCGGUGGCGGCAGAAUCGCCCAUUGAUCAAGCAGAUUGGACCCGGAGCCUCUCCUCGCUCAGUGAGGCAUUUUAUCGAACACCUGGUUCGAGCUCCGGCGGGUCGGUGGCUGGCUUGGCUAGCACAUUAGGAAUUCGUUAUUUCCAUGCCUCAGGGUUUUGCCGAGCAGCUGAACGAGAUUAUUAUGAGACUCUUGGUGUUUCGAAAAAUGCAAGCCGAGAUGAGAUUAAAAAAGCAUUUCGCACGCUUGCCAAGAAAUACCAUCCAGAUGCAAAUAGGGACAAUCCUUCUUCUAAAAGAAAAUUUCAAGACAUAAGAGAUGCCUAUGAGACUUUGCAAGAUCCUGAAAAGAGGGCACAAUAUGACAGGAAGCGUUCAAGUGGGUCAGAAAACGUAGGAUAUACAGCUGGAGGUGCAGAUGGGUUUAGGUAUGAGAAUCAGAGUCACGGUACUGCUGAUGCAGAGGGGUUUAGAUAUGGUUUUGAACCUAAUUUUUCCAGUUCAUUCCAUAAAAUAUUCCAAGAGAUCUUUGAACAUGAGUUUGAUCAAGUUGGAUCAAAUAUCCAGGUGGAGUUGUCACUUUCUUUCUCUGAAGCUGUUAAAGGAUGCACAAAGCAUCUCUCUGUCAAUUCACACGUUCCCUGUGAUUCUUGCCAUGGGCGUGGCUAUCCACUAAAUGCCAAGACGAAAGUUUGUCCUACUUGUAGAGGUAUUGGGAGAGUUACAAUUCCUCCAUUCACAUCAACAUGCAGUACGUGUAAAGGAUCCGGCCAAAUAAUCAAGGAACAUUGCUUGUCAUGCAGAGGAGUAGGGAUUGUUGAAGGUGUUAGACAGGUUGAAGUUUCAAUACCAGCAGGUGUGGAGUCUGGAGAUACAAUCAGCAUUCCAGAGGCUGGGAAUAGUGGGGCACGAGGAAGUGAGGCAGGCUUGCUAUACAUUAAAAUAAAGGUUGAUGAAGAUCCUAUCUUUGCUAGAGAUGGUGCAGAUCUUUAUGUGGACUCUAAUAUUAGCUUUACACAAGCUAUUCUUGGUGGUACGGUUGAGGUACCAACUUUGUCUGGGAUUAUAGAAGUAAAAAUACCAAAGGGGGUUCAGCCUGGACAACAUCUGGUACUAAGAGGCAAAGGACUGCCAAAACAUGGUUUCCUAGUUAAGCAUGGAGAUCAAUAUGUGCGAUUCCGUGUUAAAUUUCCCACUGAAAUCAACGAACGGCAACGUGCUAUAUUAGAAGAAUUUGUGAAGGAGGAAAUUAUCCAUGGAGACGGUACUUCCAGUUCCAAUGAAAGAGAUUGGCUUUAUCAGCAGCUAUCUACUGGUUGAACUUACAGGUUUCAGAGAAUCCUUGAACGUGUUUCGAAGCCUAGGGUUAUGCUCGAACUCUCGAUAUUCAUAUUGAUUCUUUUGUUGCUGAACAAAUCCAUGGGGUGAAUGCUGGCCCCAGGCAAUUUUGAUCGAGAUACAUAGACUUUUCCAUUCUUCCGAGUUCUGUUAAUUAAAGGUACCAAUCUUCUCAUGACUAGUCAGCACAUUCCCCACCCUUUUAUUACCGUCCAUUUUAAUCUGCUCAAUUUGGUUGUAUAGAAGUGCAACUUUGAAAUCUCAAAGUUUGAAAAUAAUGAUUGUCCAAUUAUUGGCUCAA